AUGCCGGCAGACAAAAAUUUCAAGGUCAAACAACCGUUCACUCGGUGGUGGCCAUUGAGCUUCAUGAUUGCUGCUAUCAUAUUAUUUAUUACAGGUGGCGUGCUCAUCGGCACUUGGCUCUCUCAUACCUCAAACUGCGCCGACGACUUUGUGACAGAUUACAACGAGACCUGGGAUGAAUAUACUCAAUGCUAUAGCCGAAAGAAUGGUCAAUUCUAUGGCGGCGUCAUCUGUGUGAUUAUUGGCGCCGUUUUCAAACUGAUCGCCUGGGUUCUUCUUAUUGUCCACUGUAUGCAGCGCCGUCGCUACCGCCAAGAUCAAAUGAACGCUCAAUAUUACCACGCUGUUCCUCUCACGGAUACGAUGCAGCAGCCGUACAACUCGUCGGCUCCUUAUGAUCAUCAACCAUAUUACCCGCCCCCAGCAACCCAAUAUGCGGCACAACUCCCUUCUGGAUAUUAUCGAUCUACCGAUGCUUCUGCUGCACCCAUGUAUCCCAACACAACAUAUCAGACCCCAUCCACCAAUGACAUACACCCUCCAAAGGAGAGCUCUCCUGUGGCUCAUUACGCCUAG